AUGGUCAGCAGGAUCAGUAGCAUGGUCCUGGCGGUGGUGGCAGACACCGUGUUGGAGGGUUUCCUCAGCCAAGGAGAAGCAUCUGCAGUUCAACCAGAGGCCUCAAAGCCCACUGCAGGGAACAGCUCAGGGCCAGAGCUAGAGGCUGCAGGAGAGGAAAGAUGGGAGUCUACUCUCCUUAUACCUGGGGAGCAAGUGGAAUCUUGCCCGCUUGCUGGAGAGGCUGGCUGCCUUGAGCCUGUUGCUGAGCAGCCAGAGCCACCCGCACAGGAGCCUCUGCCGCCCAACCCGGAUGUAGCACCCGUCCCAUCUGCACAGCUGGACGCUGACGCAGGCUUAGGAGGGGACUCUGAUCCAGUUACUCAUUUGCACGAAGUAGCUGAUCUCCAUGAAGUAGCUGAAGACACCAAUGGUGUUCUGACAAAUGGUGUUGCCAAGCAAGAGCCUGCUUGCAAGGAAGACAGGCCAGCUGAAUCAGAUAGUGACUCAGAUCCCUGGCAGUGUUUUGACAUGGGGGAUGUGCAGAUUUCCUCCAGGGAGUCAGACCAUAAAAAGGAAACAGCUCACAUGCUAGAGCGGUUGCCCGACCUGAAGGUGAAGCAGUUGUCCCUCAUGGCGGUGAAGCUGUUCAAAGGGCUGAUCCCUGAGCAAUGCUUGAGCUAUAUAUAUUAUCAACCGGACCAGGAGGAGGGUCUGGAGCACCUGGCACCCACUGUGCUGGCCAUCCUGGAGCACUGUGAAAAAUUGCACACCUGUGUGAUCAGCACAUGCCUCGGGGACCACAGCACAGAGGCAGCAGAGAGGGCCCAGGUGUUGGAGCACUGGAUAGACGUAGCUUUGGAGUGCCACCUUCUGAAGAACAGCUGCACCCUCGUCUCCAUCACGUGUGCUCUGCAGAGCAGCCAGCUCCAAGGCCUGAAGAAGACGUGGGGGUUGGUUGGCAGGGAGAGUCUAAAGACGUUCCAGGAGCUGAAGAAGAUGUAUUGCCACGAGCAGGUGUACAAGAGGCAAGAGACCAAACACAUGACCCUCUGGAAGAAACUCAAGAGAGGCCUCAGGAAGCCUCAGCAACUGGAGUAUCCCGAGGGCACAGUCCCUUACCUGGGCACCAUCCUCACUCACCUGGCCUCACUGCACAAAGACAAACAUUCAAAAGAUGGCUCCUGGCUGAACGUAAAAAGAAGACGAGAGGAAUUCAAGGUGAUGGCACUAAUGAAGGAACUACAGGGCUCAUGUCAGGAGCUCCAGGUGGUUCCUGACAUGAACUUCGUAUCUUGGUUUAACAACAUGAACCGCCUAAAUGAGUUGGAAAGCUCCAAGCUAUCCAGGGAGCUGGAGCCUCCCCGCCGGGUACUUGUCCUGAGCAGGAACAACAAGAGGAGCCCUCCCCUGAGGAAGCGCUCAGGAAAUUCCCAGGCCUCAAGCAGAGAGCCCAGCAGCAAUAGCAGCAGCUCCCAGUUGGAGACCUGUGAGCAGCUCAGCAGUGGGAUUGGCAGCCAUACACCCAGCGUGCACUGGGGCUGCUCACCCAAGCCUUGUGCACACUUGCACAAGGAGGAGAGAAGAUUUGGGCAUCUUGCCUUUCCUGAGCCCCCAGAUCUCCCGGAGAGCUGGGCAUGGGGCUCUAUCCUAGGCUGCCCUUUCAUCAGCCACAAUUUUGGCUGA